AUGGCUAAUGUCGCGCUCAUCGGAAGCACCGGGAUGGUGGGAACCCACAUCCUCAACAGUUUGCUCGCCAAUACGUCCGUCGCCCGUAUAGAUACCAUCUCGCGCCGUACACCCCAAGCCGCCAGUUCCGCGCCGCAGACUAAGCUUACCACCUUUGUCGCGGAUGAUACCUCGAAAUGGGCACCGCAGCUCUCUGCGCUAUCCCCGGUGCCUAAUAUUUUCAUUUCUUCUUUUGCGACGACAAGAGCUGCCGCUGGGGGGUUCGAGAAUCAGCAUAAGAUUGAGCAUGGUUUGAAUGUGGAGAUGGCGCGUGCGGCGCGUGAUGCUGGUACGAAGGUGUAUGUUCUGAUUUCGUCGAGCAAUGCCAACAAGGCCUCUUCCAUCCCGUACAUGCGUAUGAAGGGCGAGAUUGAGGAAGAUGUCAAGGCGCUGGGCUUUGAGAGAACGGUUAUCCUGCGCCCCGGUCUUAUUGCUGGCCAGCGAGAGGAGAGUAGGCCAAUGGAAGCGGCGGCCCGCUUCGUAGCUGGUGCUUUUGGGAAGCUUCACUCCAGUUUGAAAGAUCCUUGGGCUCAGGAGGCAGAUGUUAUUGGUGAGGCUGCUGUGAAUGCGGGAUUGAAGGCGUUGGAAGGUGAUGUCCCGGCUGGCCAUGAGAAGGGCUGGGUUCUCUAUGGUAGUGACAUUAUCAAGUAUGGGAAGAAGCAGUAG